CCAGGUCCAACAACUUCAACCCCCUCUCAUCCAGCUAAGAACCAACAGAAAAAAGGAGAAUUCCUUGGUAAUAAUGGCAGCUCCUCCAGCACCGAAGCCUCCCACUCUUCUAGGAUACCAUCGAAUCCUUUCACCUUUGGCCGGAGUCCGCGUGUCGCCGCUAUGCCUGGGUACGAUGAACUUUGGCGGCAUGUGGACGCGCGCGAUGGGCGAAUGCACCAAGGAAACUGCCUUCCAGAUCCUCGACAAAUUCUACGAGGCCGGCGGUAAUUUUAUCGAUACUGCCAACUUUUACCAAAUGGAAGGCAGCGAGAAAUGGCUAGGGGAAUGGAUCGCAGCGCGCAACCACCGUGACGAGCUGGUGCUCGCCACCAAGUACACCAUGAGCUACAAGCUGGCCGGGCCAGAGAAGAUCAAGUCAAACUUCCAAGGGAACCAAUCCAAGAGUCUGCGGCUCUCUGUGGAGGCAAGCCUGAAGAAGUUGAACACGAGUUACCUGGAUCUGCUCUACGUGCACAUUUGGGACUUCACCACCAGCGUGGAGGAAGUGAUGCAGACUUUACAUCAUUUGGUAGCCAGCGGCAAGGUGCUGAACCUCGGCAUCAGUGAUGCGCCCGCUUGGAUCGUCGUGAAAUGUAAUGAAUACGCCCGUUUCCAUGGGUUGACUCGCUUCAGCAUCUACCAGGGUCGCUGGUCGUGCUCCUUCCGGGACUUUGAGCGAGACCUUCUUCCCAUGUGCCAAUCCGAGGGGCUUGCAAUUGCUCCCUGGGGGGUUCUGGGCCGAGGACAGUACAAGACUCCGGAGGAGUUCAGCCAGGAGGGCACACGUAACAUGGGCCCUCAGGAGGACAAGCAUCGUCUCAUGGGCGAGAAACUGGCGGAAUUGGCACAGCGAAAGGGCACAGUUCCCACGAGCAUUGCACUCGCUUACGUGCUUCACAAGGCCCCGUAUGUCUUCCCCGUUAUCGGUUGCCGGACGGUGGCGCAGCUCGAAUCCAACAUUGAGAGUCUGGGUGUGGAAUUGACCGACGAGGAAAUCUAUGAGAUUGAGGACACCACUUCCUUUGAUCUCGGUUUCCCUAUGUCGUUCCUUUUUGAGACUCCCCAGCAGAAAUACCGAAGCACCAUGUCGGCCCGGCACAUCUGGCAACUGACCUGCAAUACCCGUCUGGAAACCGUGCCCAAGCCCCGACCCAUCGAACCCAAGCAGGGAUUUAACCAAAUGGAUCGGAACUAAAUACGGCCACGGUCUGGGGGCUUUGGCGAAUAACAUCGGACUUUCCCCUGUGAUUGCUGUUAGAAAACCCAGGCCAAUCAAAACCCAGGAUAGGUCAAACUUCUCGGAGGCCGACCGGGGGGUCUAUUUUGUAGUUGAAUGCAGAUUGCCGGAUGAAAUUGAC